UUCAUGCAUUCAUGCAGUCAACUAACAGCAGACCGCUGCAGCUCUACUGUCGUCUCACAGUCCUCAGAGCUUAUCAAGUGAUCAGUGAUGUCACUGGCCUGCGGACGUCUCCACACUGUCACUUUAACUCCAGUGUCGUAUGGGUGGAUGGUGUGUGCGCGCGCGUGCCGUUUAGCUUGGCUCGGGCUCGGCUGCAGCAGAUUGAAUGGAGCGCGCUCGCAGGCUGCUGGCCACACGGAGGAAGCCGCGCGGCUCCGCUCAGCGCGCCGCAGACGUGCACAGCGAGAAGGCGUCGUUCUGGUUCUGGGGCUAGCGCGGAUUUGAACCACGCCACAUUUCUCCAGUAGCCCCCCCCCGACGACGACCACCACCACCCCGACCACCCUUCUUGCUGCAGGGCCUUGAGGAAGCAGUCGCGGACUGGCAGCUCUCUGCACGGAUGAUGAAGAACUUGGGACGGGAAACGGUCAAGAUGGCAGCUGCGUACGGAGCCAUGGCGCCGAUGUGGAGGCAUUAUUAGGCUGGACUCGUUUUCAGUUUUUUCUUCGGGCAUGCACGUGUCGCAGGACGCCGGCGCCCGUAGAAGGAGAAGACUGCCCGCCGACUCUUCCACUCGUUUAACUCGCCCCUCCAGCAAAUUCCAAUGCAACGAGCUCCGUGUGCUGCGGACAGACGCCCCGCGGGAGGACGGACAGACGGACACGUGCUUUAAACAUUUGCAUACCGUGCGUGGUAAAUGACCCGUUUCUGCAACCGCGCACGCGACGUUGAUGGAAUGCGACCCGAGUGAUUUUAUAACCCUUUGUGCAGCGCCCGAGAUCUUGCGAUUAACAUGGCCGAGGCGCCGCGCCACGGCGACGAGUCCCCCUCCGCCGUGGAGAUAGAUCCGGAUUUCGAGCCUCAGAAGCGGCCGCGGUCCUGCACUUGGCCGCUGCCCCGUCCGGAGUCCGGCGCGGACAAGCCCGGGACAAAUGACACUGACGUAAUCCCCGAGGAAGAGGAUGACGAGCACGAGGGUGGCGGCGCGCGGAGCGGUGACGCUCAGCAAGUCCGCGGCGGCGGCGGCGGCGAUGAUGACGAUAACGACGAUGAUGAGUAUGGUGCCGGCGGUGGGUCUCGCGUGCCCCCCGGCAGCUCCGUCUCCCAGCCCGUGGAGGUCCAGCGCGGCGCCUGCCACGAGGAGGCCGCCGACGGUUCGCCCUCCUCGGCGCAGACCCCUGCGGCGGCGGCGGCGGCUCUGGGCGGCUCCGCCUCCCAGCAGCUGAGGAAAUCCUCCGCCCGCAGGAACGCCUGGGGCAACUACUCCUAUGCAGACCUCAUCACGCAGGCCAUCGAGAGCUCCCCCGAGAAAAGGCUGACCUUGUCCCAGAUCUACGACUGGAUGGUGCGCUCCGUGCCCUAUUUCAAGGACAAAGGCGACAGCAACAGCUCUGCUGGCUGGAAGAAUUCCAUCCGACACAACCUGUCCCUGCAUAGUCGCUUUGUGAAGGUCCAGAACGAAGGAACGGGGAAGAGCUCCUGGUGGAUGGUCAACCCAGAAGGCGGGAAAGGAGGCAAAGCUCCCCGACGACGGGCCGUAUCCAUGGACAACAGCAAGUACAUCAAAGGAGCCCGAGGACGUGCCAACAAGAAGAAAGCCUCGCUGCAGGCCGCCCAGGAAGGCAGCUCGGAGAGCUCCUCCAGCCUCUCCAAAUGGACAGGAAGUCCCACCUCCCGCAGCAGCGACGAGCUGGACGCCUGGACAGACUUCCGCUCCCGGACCAAUUCCAACGCCAGCACCCUCAGCGGCCGCCUGUCCCCGAUCCUGGCCAACCUGGAGCUGGACGAGGUGCCCGAUGACGACUCGCCCCUCUCCCCGAUGCUGUACUCCAGCCCCAGCAGCAUGUCCCCGUCCACGGGGCCCACGGGGCUCUCCGACCUGGCGGGCACCAUGAACCUCAACGACGGCCUCUCCGACAACCUGAUGGACGACCUUUUAGACAACAUCAGCCUGACGGCGUCCCAGCAGCCUCCUCCUGGAGAGGAGAGCGUGGAGGACGAUGACGCCGCCGCGGCCGCCGCCCAGGGGGGCUCGGUGUUCACCUUCAGCUGCGCGGGGAGCGGCCUGGGUAACCCGCUCUUCAGCCCGCCGUCCAUCACCAGCCUGCGCCAGUCGCCCAUGCAGACCAUCCAGGAGAACAAGCAGACCACCUUCUCCUGCAUCUCGCACUUCGGCGACCACCAGGCGCUGCAGGACCUGCUCAGCCUGGACUCGCACGGCCACAGCAACGUGAUGCUCACCCAGUCCGACCCGCUGAUGUCGCAGGCCAGCGCCGCCAUCGCCCUGCAGAACUCCCGCCGGAACGCCAUGCUGCUUCGCAAGGACCCGGCUUCGGUGAACCACGGCGGCGCCGGUGAGGCCCAGAGCUCUCCGGUGCCUGGUUGGCAAGCUGGCUUGACAACCCCGGGCACAGAGGCCGGCGCCGGCGAGGCCAAGCAGCCGCUCCUGAAGUCUCCCGGCAAGAGCGACUCCCUGCAGCUCGGCCAGGACCGAUUCGCCGUCGAUCUGGACCUCGACGUGUUCAACGGCGGCCUCGAGUGCGACAUGGACUCCAUCGUCCGCAACGAACUGAUGGAGGCGGACUGCCUGGACCUCAGCUUCGACUCGUGCCUCGCCUCCGCCCAGAACGCCAACAGGAAGUCGGGGAGCUUCUCCAGCUCGAAACAGACCUCCCCUCACAGCUGGGUCCCGAGCUGAGGAGCUCGGUCGGGGGGGGGGUGUAAAAUGUAAAUUUGGGUUCAUUGUCCCGCGUCGGGCAACUAGAAGGGAGAAAGUCUGUACAAGUGUAUCCGAGUAGUAUUCUUUGUUCCCCCGUUAUCUCUAAUGUGAGAAGUUCAGUACUGUAUGUUAAGUGUCCGAGACACACAAUGGUGUCUUCACAGAGGAGGGACACACAAAAAAAAAAUCUUUUAAAAAGAUCAAUGCCUGGGUGCUUUGAACAACAGUAUCGACUGGGAGUACAGGACAUUUUGUUAACGCUAUAUGAAAAGCAUCAACUCGUUUUAGUCUCAGGGAAUCACUCAUGCAGUGUCACAAAGUGGUACAUAAUGCUGAAGACGGAGUGUGUCUUCGCCCGGCUUUCUCAUCCUUCACACCCUUUCGUACCUAAAACCUGAAACAAUUUUGCCAAACCAGCGGUCAUCGUGUUGUGAGUGACGGCCUGUUUACAGAAAAAGCUGCAGAGAAUGUUACAUUAUCACGUUCCAGUGGAGGAUACUUGACUAGCUCUUUUUUAAUUUUAUUAUUUUAACGUUUCUUUUGAGAGGCUAAAUGUUAACGAAGCGCCCCUCCCUCCCAUUGAUGCAAAGGCACCAAAUAUCGAUCCACAGAGGUUUAUGUGAACUGAUCUACAUUGUGUGGUUAUUGUGCGUAGUGUUUAUUUUAUGCUGUGAUUUUAGUGACAUAACUGUGAAUUCUGUUUCCUCAGACAAGGUGCAUUACUGAAGUCUUGAUGAUGUGGUGUUUCUGCUGCAGAUCCCUUUUGACCUCCUCCUCCUCCUCCUUUCACUUACUGCAAUAUUGGAAGUGCUCGGUAAACCGAGUUUAGGACCGAAUUAAGAACCUUGUAUAGUAGGAAACCUGACGUAGUUCUAGUCGACACCAUUUACAUCAGUGAGCUAUUGAAAGUAAUCACCCUUAGAGGCUCGACAGCAUUUUGAUGUUCGUUCAUUGGAAGGAGUUCUUGGUGCUAUAAAUAAGAAGAUAGCAGGGUGUGGCUGCAGCCCCCCCUCGUGUUAUCAGCACUAAAGCAGGUGCUGGGUCAAAGCGUGUUGCCACCUCUAUACGAGGAGCUUCUGUAGUAUCUUGGAACCAUUUUGCCAUUUGAGAAAGAAACAACCACGUGGUUUAUAUAUUGCCAAACUAUUUCUGCAUUUAAUAAGUGGUAAUAAGAGGAUAGUGUGUAGAUGUUAGGGAUCCGUGCUAUAAGGGCAAACAAAAUCAACAUCAGCAGUUUUGUAGGAACGACAGGAUGAACUUUUUUGUCUGUUUACAUUUAUGUCAAUUUUGGAAACUGUCAAUUUUAUUUCUAAAUGUAUUUUUCUUUUCCACAUGUAAACAUUUUGUGCAGUUUUUUUCUCCAUACGACGCGUGGUAGAGCUGUGUAACAGCCCAUUGGUUUUAUGGUCUUUUUUAUUUUUUUUAUUACCACAGUUUAAGCCUAAAAUGGUGUCUUCCUUAUGAUUUUGAGAAAAUCCAAAUGUCACCAAAAUAUUGAAACCCAUUUGCUUUUCUUGUUUGUUUUUUUGCACAAUUUCUGCACGAUGGUGCUUCCAAAUAUCUUUUUUUUUUUUUUUUUUUUUCCUAGCUUCAAAUGGAUGAUUUUAUACCAGCUUGAAGCUCCAUUUUAUUUUUAACAUUAACCUUGAGUAACUGUCACUGCCAACCUUCACACUCACUUUAUUCCUAUGGCUCCUACAAAAAGAGACACCUAGUUGUGAUUCCAUUUCCUAUCUUGGCUGUAUCAGAGAUGGUGCAUGUAAAUAAAGCUUAAAGUACCACUGAAAAUCUG